CUGUAUACCUAAAAUCACGAUGUUCUAGUUAUCAUUUCUUGCUUUUUAGAUAUUUUUUUAUAUCUCUAUUUCACAGCAUUUUCAGGUCUGUAUUGCGGCACUGGAUUGUGCUCGACUUGAUCUCGCCGGUGAAUGUAUAUCAGCUUUAAAUCAUCGUUUUCCGCGAAGUAAUCGGGUUCUGAGGUUGCAAGCCAUGCAUCAUGAAGCAGCUGAUCAGUAUGUUAUCAGUUUACAAAAGAGUUUGAAGGACUUCUUGUUUGAUACCGCAUUAGCACUGUAUGAAAGGCUUAUUGAAAACGACCCGACGAAUAAUCCAUUAAACACGUUGUACCUUCGACGUCUUGCUGAUAUAAGGUAUACCCAAGGAGGCCAAGAGAACAUAGACCUCGCUCGUGCUUAUUAUGAGCAAGCAGCUAAACUUAAUCCUGCUGAUCUCCAUGCCUUGUACGGUAUAGUAUUGGUCAGUUUCAAUGCUAUUUUCUACUAG